CAGUCUGACGGGAGACACUCCACUACGCAUGCCCUCCCCCCGCAGCUCUGCUGCUUCCAACAACAGGCAGAAGCCAGCAACAUGGCCGACCUAGGAAAGAAGUACUGCGUAAACUGCCUUGUAGACGUUACGAAUUUGCGGCUUCGCUGUACUGACUGCCCGGAUAUCGAACUAUGUCCGGAGUGCUUCUCCGCGGGUGCAGAAAUCGGUAAUCACCGGCGAUGGCACGGUUAUCAGCAAGUCGACGGCGGGCGCUUCACCCUCUGGGGUCCCGAAGCGGAGGGAAGAUGGACUAGCAGGGAAGAGCAGUUGCUACUCGAUGCAAUCGAGCAAUAUGGCUUUGGAAACUGGGAGGACAUGGCCGCUCACGUGGGGGCGUCUCGGACACCCCAGGAGGUCAUGGACCACUACGUCAGCAUGUAUAUCCACGGCAACCUGGGCAAGGCCUGCAUCCCCGACAGCAUCCCCAACCGGGUGACGGACCACACGUGCCCGGGCGGCGGCCCCCUCUCGCCCAGCCUCACCACUCCCCUCCCCCCGCUGGACGUGACCCUCAGCGAGCAGCAGCAGCUGGGCUACAUGCCGCUCCGCGACGACUACGAGAUUGAGUACGACCAGGAGGCGGAGAAGCUCAUCAGCGGCCUGUCGGUCAACUACGACGAUGAGGACGUGGACAUCGAGAUGAAGCGGGCCCACGUGGACAUGUACGUGCGCAAGCUGCGCGAGCGCCAGCGUCGCAAGAAUGUGGCCCGCGACUACAACCUGGUGCCUGUCUUCUUGGGCCGCGACAAGAAGGAGAAGCCAGGCAUUCUGGGAAUCGUAGGUGGCGGGGGUAGUGGCGGUGCCGUCGGCGCGGUGGGGAGCCUCCCGACGCCAACUGCCCCCGCAGCUACGUCCAGAGCUCCGCCCCCCCAGCCUGCGCCCAAGCGUAAGGUCACCAAGGAGGAGAAGGAGCAGCGGGUGAAACUGCGGGGAAUGUGCCAGUUCAUGGCCCAGCGGGAGUUCGAGGACUUUUUCGACAACGUGCACAAGGAGCGCAUGCUGCGCGCCAAGGUACGGGAGCUGCAACGCUACCGCCGCAACGGAAUCACGCGACUGGACGAGUCGGCCGAGUACGAGGCGGCACGGCACAAACGGGAGAAGCGAAAGGAGAACAAGAGCGUGGCCACCUCGAAAACGGGCCGGGGCGGGGGACUCGGCACGGGGGGAGGCGGGGGCCUCGGUGGCGGCGGACUGGGUGGUGGCGGCGUCAAAGAGGAAGGCAAGGACGGCGAGUUUGCGGCCAUAGAGAACCUGGCCGGCUUCGAGCUGCUGUCGGACCGGGAGAAGGUUUUGUGUAACUCACUCAACCUCAGUCCCUCGCGCUACCUGACUGCCAAGACCAUCAUCAUCAAGGACCACCUACAGAAGCGUCAGGGCAUCCCGUCCAAGAGCCGUCUGCCGAGCUACUUGGACAAGGUGCUGAAAAAACGCAUCCUCAGCUUCCUCACGGAGAGCGGCUGGAUAUCCCGGGAUGCGUCCUAACAGUGUCCGUUGGGUUUUGUGGGGACUGAGGAUUAUGGGGCACUGUGGCUUUUCUCGGAUUGUUGAUGGCAUGAGAGGUGUGCCGUUUGGUAAGCUCCAGAAGGACCUGACUACUGGAUUUUACCAGAUUCUGACUCGUUUUUGUCCCAAGUCAUCGACCAACAGACUGUCUGUUAACAUGUGGACAUUACAAAGAAUAAGGAUGUCCCCUUUCUUAAAAUAAGUUUGGAUACCAUUUGCGGGAGUGUCCAAGGAACAAAUAUAUAUUUUUGGAUUUGAACAGAUUUGAUCGAGUCUAUAUGAAUGUUAAUGUAUUCGUAUUGGACUUUUAGUACUGCUGGGCAAACCAGGCAACACUGUUUUUCAAAGGUCUUAAAGUAUCAAUCACCAUGCUAGUUGGCCUCCAGCUUUUAUUUUUUAUUCAGACUGGGCCCAGGUCAGUUGAUGCCGUCUACUUAUCUCCCAAUGUCAUUGGCAAGACGGCCCGACAGAUCCUGGGACCAGGCUAGCUGCCGUUAGGUGAGGAUACUUUUUGCUGUUGGAGCGCACAGGUUAUUGCCAGUUCAAACGGCAACACUGAUUCUGGAGAGCAGCUGCAUCCUUUUCUCCACAGGAAGAGACCAAGGCCCUCAGAGAAAACCGGGGUCAGUAUUUGGCAGCUAGGCUAAUGCUUAAUAAAGCCCGGCGGUAAUCCCCAUUACGACUUCCGUGGCUUCGUUCAGGCUUUGUGUUGUAUCAUACAUAGAAUGGCACUUUUGAGGGGAUGGGCCUAAUUGCACUAGUAUCUUCCAUCCACUGCACAUUUUCAGAGUCAGUCAUUCACUCUAGUCGACUUAUUGAUGGUGUUUCUUCCCACAUUGCUACCCAGAUAAAAAAAGGAAAAAAAGAGCUUUAAAUGUGGACAUUAACAAUCACAUGCAAUCCUAAAAGCAAAAAUGAAUCAAAAUAUUUCUUGUCCUGUUGGGGUUUUUUUCUCCCUUUUUUGGGGUUGUUGGUCAACUGAGCAUGUAGGCUAUCACCUGUUAUUAUCCUGUUAACCUGUUAUAUCAGUGGUUGUGUUCACCUGGCCCUCUGUUCUGUUGUCAUAUGGUUUACUCUGUCUUCUAGACUGUUCGGCACGGUUACUGUCUAUUUGUCACUGGUUGCUUGUUGCUCUCUUCAGUGCUUCAUCUAUUCAUAGGGAGUAAAAUCAUAUUCAACUUUUUUCCCCCAAUACCUGCACGAUUCGCAAGCUCUAUCUUUCUGGUUCAUUGUUCGUUUAUAGUAACAGCCUUCAGGCAGACUAGUCACUAGUGUAAACAUAAUCCUUGCAAGCACAAUAUGAACAGGCUAAAAUAUUGAAGAGAAAAAGGGACAGCUGCCACAAGAAACAUGGUUUUGUACUUUUAUGAUGUUAAUCGUGUUCGUUUCCAAGCACAGGUGCUUAGAAAUGUCUCCUCCGUGUUGUCUAGUUAGCCUGUUAGGAAUAGAGAAUGUGAACUAUAGCAGGGACAUGUGGGUUAGUUGUAUAGAAACUAUAGAGGAGCAGUUUUGAGUUUGACACUAGGAAAGACGUAACGAUUUAAUAAGUAGCCUAAAGGCCUCGUUAGCAUCCCUGUCUCAGUGUAUUUUCCAAUAAUACAUGGGACGUUAGUAAAAGCUAUAUAUUUUUUUCAAUAAUUGUUUUUUUCUUUCCCCACCAGCUUCCGAGUAUCCAAACCAUGACAAGGUCCUUCGUCCGCCCAGCAACAGUUCGUUAGGAUUUCUAUUUGAAUCAACAACUUGCGCAGUCGAUAUGUCCGACGAAGACUAGAUAUCGCUACAAUGAUUUUAGGUUUUCCUCCGCGGGCGUAGAGGGUUUCUGUGCGCCUGGAUCCUAGGUGCUGUUUCAGUGUCAAUUACAUUUGGAAAUGGGCACGAGUUGACGGGGGAGGCGGAAAACAAACAGACUGAGGCUGUAGAGGCGUCUGGGCGAUGACUAGCAGGUACCUACCCCGUCAGUUUAUUCUCUUUAUUUUUAAGGUACAUUUUCACUCAUCCCCACCCAGGCAAAGAAGUGAAGAAAGCAGUGGCCCGGAUUCAAUCGCUGUAGCAGUGAAUGUGCAUAGUAGGCAGUCUGACCGCCAGCAUUUUAGUGCAGCUUUUUGUUCUAUUUCUCCCUCCACCUUGGCUUCCUUUCGUUCCAAAGGCUGAUUCAGAAAUAUUCAAUCGGGUUUCUUGCCAUACACCCAAGCCCCAUUCAUUACUGUUGUUUUUGCUGCCAAUUGUUCUCCAGAGGUGGUAGCUGGCUGGUCAGCCCAAAGAUCCAAUUUACGGCAGAGCAGAUUUUAUGCAACAAGCAUUUUUUUUUUAUUGGAUUAGACCAGGUACUCCA